AUGGCUCGCUUUCCUUGGCUCCAGGUCUUAGCUUAUAUCACGUGUUCGCUAGCAAUCGCAAAUGCGCAAGGUCCGGCUGCCUCGCCCUCCAAUCCACCUCCUGCUUCUGUAACGCCCUCCUCCACUGUGCAGCCACCGGUAAGUACAACACCGCCUCCCUUAGCUCCAACUACACCUCCACCUACAGCAGCUACACCUCCAACAGCUGCAGCAACCACACCUCCACCAGCAGCAACUCCUGUAUCACUUCCGCCUCCUAAAUCUGCACCAGUGGUGACUCCAUUGGCUCCGCCACCUCAGACUCCACCGCCACUGCCACCCCCGAGGCCUCCCGUUUCGGCCCCAGUGGAGCCUGGGCAGUCCCUCUAA